GGUCAUGCCUUUACCCGCAAUAAAACUAUUUUCCCUUGCUGUGAAAGAGCUGAUUGGAAAACGAAUCGCCAAACAAGUGAAGGAAACAGCUAAGAGUUCACCAUGGAUAAGACACAACGUGGUUGUGCCUUUAGCUCAAUUUUACACCAGAUCAACAGUCAAGAUAAGGAGUCGUCUGCUUGGUAUCGGGGAAGUAAAGUCUGUACAACCAGUCAGUGAGGAUCGAGCGGUGGAACUGGCUGGAGACUUCGCUGGAGAAAUAACAAUUAUUCUUAUUGCUGCUGGCCUUAUUUUCUUUGAAAUAAAUAGACAGAACAAGAAAGUGGAGACAGCUAAUGAUGCGACGAGAGAAAUCAUCGAGUCUCUGAAGGACAAAGUAGAGGAGUUGGAACUAUGUGUGAAAAAGCUUGAUCUUAAAACUGAAAAAAUGGAAGCAGAAAUGAAAAAUUUAAAUACAACAUUGUUUUAUUCUAAACACGGAAUUACAAGUAAAGUUUUAUCAGUUAAAAAAGAACAGAAUACUGAAGAAAAUGUGAAAUCGAAGUCAUGAUCAAAAAGAAUUUAAAUUAAACGAGUAUGAAAGGCUAAAAUGUGCUGGUACAAUUUCUGUGAUAAUUCUGAUGAAAGUGAGUGAAUUUCUGUCAUCUAAAAUUGGAUUUGAAGUUGCUUGGCUAAGAGGAGACUCACUCAUUCUGUUUUGUUUACUGGUUUAUUCUGGGCAUUAUAAUCUUGUCAGGUGAUCUCUCUCAGUAGUCAACAGAUUAUUAAAAGUUAUGUUGCUA